AUGUUGCGCCAGCUGCUGCUCCUCAUCUGCGUCGUCGCCGUCACCACCGACGCGAUUCUGUGCCAGAAAGGACGGGGAAAAGCUGUGCAAAAAGUCGAGUGUCCGGACGCGAUCGCUUGUGGCACUUUCGUUCCCUUCGAACGUCCCUGCGCAGUGCUGCGGAAUUGCUACAAGAUGUGUACGGAUCGCGCAUUCACCGACCAUCCAUUUGAUGGGAGGCAGGUCCCGGGCAACCUGACAUGCUGCCGGAGCGAUUACUGUAAUGCCCUCAACGGAAGCCCGGCCACGAUGCCCGUCAUGUUCGCCAUGGUCAGCGCCCUCCUCGUCGCCGCCAUCUUCGACGAA